AUGACGACACCAGCUCGUCACGUUCCACCUUGUCCUAAGCCGUUCACAGAUCAUAUUGUAACGACCAUCGAAGGUGUUGAUAUACCUAUUCGUGUAUUUCCUGGAAAUGAUAAUGUGAAAGGCAAGAAACCAUGGUUAUUCUGGAUCCAUGGAGGAGGUUGGGUAGGAGGUAAACAUUAUAUACCAAAUGUAUGGGUACACCCAUCAUUUCAUCCUUUAGGCAUUCACAUAAUAUCAGUUUCAUAUCGACUUAUACCUCAAGUAAAACUACCUGAUCAAUUCUCAGAUAUACAAAAGACAUUCGAAUGGUGUUUAACCAAUCUUCCGCUUGUACUAGGAGAAGAUCAAGUUGAUAUCGAUAAGUAUAUCGUAGGAGGGGAUUCGGCAGGUGGUCACUUCUCAACUUUGUGUGGUAUAAAAUUUAAUCCUAGACCAAGUGUCGUGCUGGAUUUAUACGGUGUAAUUGAUUUAUCAGACAAACAUUAUUCGACCCCUACUUCUUCUUCUUCUUCUCCGACGAAUAUUGACGAAGAUGGAAAUGGGGAAAUCAAAUUACCUUUUAAUACACCUUUGGCAGAAAUCAUUGAAUUUUCAAAAGAGCUCAAUCCCAAGAAUGCAGUAGUCACCUCUGCAUGGACAUGGGAACUGCUACCUUUGAUGUCAAAAGAGCAGCUUGAACUGUUUUGGGGAACGAAAUAUAAUCCAUCUGAAAACGAUAAAAUCAGAAUGGAUUUAAAUCAAUAUUACACUCAAAAUGGUACACGUAUUCGAGCGCUUUUUGGAGUUGAUCAAGUUGACGAUUACAGUCAAGAAGAAUACGAGAGACUGUUAAUUCAGUGGUCUCCUAUCCAUUUGAUCAAAGAUAAUUAUCCUCCAACUGUUAUCAUGCACGGGGAUAAUGAUGUUGUCGUCCCCAUUCAAGAAAGUAUAGAUUUCGCAGAUAAGCUGAAAGGAUUAGGGGUUGACGUAGAGUCUAUCUGGUGUGAAGGUGGUGGGCAUUGUUUUGAACAAUCUAUGGGGAGCCCUCAAGAUCCAGGUUGGAAUGAAUAUAUCGUUCCCUGCAUCGAGUUUGUCAAGAAACAUCUGAGUUUAUCAGAAUGA